AUGGGGCCCCCCAGGCAAUAGGGGAUCAUGGGGCCCCUGUGUCCUUGCCCAAACUCAAAAAAGCCUAUGAAAAAGGUACCAGGGGCAUCUCAUGGGGCCCCCUACUGACCCCGGGCCCUCAGUUAAUGCCCCGAGUUUCCAAAUGAAUUUUAAAAAUGGUGCUCUGUUACUACCAGGGGUGGACUGACAACUCAUGGGGCCCCCGGGCAAUAGGGGAUCAUUGGGCCCCUGUGUCCUUGCCCAAACUCAAAAAAGCCUAUGAAAAAGGUAUCAGGGGCAUCUCAUGGGCCCCCUACUGACCCCGGGCCUCGGGCAGUUUCUGAGUUUCCAAAUGGUCAGUCCGCCCCUG